AUGACGCCAACAGCGACAAUACCAACAACACUACUGAUAUUGCCAACUCCAGCCCCUAACGUUCAUGGAGGCACAAACAACGGCAUCGAGCACGCCGCUAACGAGAGUCGUGAGGAGGCUCCCCUCGACAACGCCAACGAGGCUGAUGGGGACCCUCUUAAUGCUGGUCUCACCUCCUCGUCUCUCCAUGACAAGCUGUGGGAUAGGGAGGUGAUCCAGGUCAUCCACAACCUCACUAGCGGGGGAGGUCGUCCUUCCAACAGUGAGAAGCAACAGCCGGUGGUGACGCUGGCCGAUCUCUUCAAAAAGGCACCUCACCUGAGAGGCAUCUCCUACGACUUACACCCCUCUGACCGCUAUAUUCAAGAAGUCUGUUGGGCAUCACCUGGUGUGGCAAGAACUGUGAAUCUAUUGACGAUACUACUCAGCAAGUUCGCCUCUGAGAACGAGAAGAUCGAUGAAGAUAACCUCUUGAUGUCGGAUAUGGUGGUCUGUUCGAUGCGUUGGGCUUUCUCGGUAGCCCUGCUAUCAACCUACUUCCCCGACUCCCCAACUGUCGAGAUUAGAUUCCUAGCUCCUCCGAAGAGAGUGAGCGAGCUACACAACGGUUCGUCGUUCCCGAUGAUGCUCCACUCUGACGCUGAGGACCAUUCGCAAAGAAUCGCUGGCGUUCUCCUGCCCGGAAGCAAAAGUAACGAGAAGGGCAGGUUUUUUAGUGAGUUCACGCCCGAGUCCAUUCUACGAAGCUGCAACCACCGCGAAAUUCAAAUCACAGCAGCCCUGUUCACUAUUCUUACUUUUGCCCCUUGGAUCCGAGGUAAAUCAGCUUUUCUUUAUGUGGACACUGUCCACUGGACAGCGAAGCAGCUGAGUUUGCGCUGGUGA